CUGAUUCAAUCGUUCGUUCCUCCUUAAUCAACCAAGCUCUCCACAGUUCAUCGUUAGUCUUCAUAUACGGAUCUACCAGUAUGUCAUGAUUACUCGUUCCUUUAAGGGACUCAAACCCUAUUCGACAUCUCGUGAAUCGUUCAGGCAUAACAAGCUUGAAACAUGGCUUACAAAUCAAUCCUAGUCAUGCUGAAGAAGAAAGCUUGGUCCAACCAAAAGAACAGCCGAACGGCCAAAGCAUUUCUUCAGGCUCGUCAAAGAAGGAAAUAUGACUUACAAAUUCAAGUUGGGUUUUAUGCAACAGAGUUUCAUCAGAAACAUAUUAAUGUUAUUAAUUAUGUGGUACUGUCAACUUAGAUGUCAUUCAUCACUGAUCUUUCAUUUUAACACUUUGUAAGAAAUGUACUGGG